CUCUGUUUUGUUGACGGAGAGGUUCAGGAUAGGACCAGGGGAAUGACUAAAGGUAUAUAUACAGCACGUCUACGAUAGAAUCUGUGUAUAUUUCCUUAUCGCCUUCAGAUCGGAUCGACUUGUGAGAAAGCUUGAAGUACUGAACAGUACCCAGUACAUGUGCAAUCAUUCCCAAACCAGGGACAAACCGGAAAACAACCUCGGAUAACAAACACAAAUCAGCCUCCAGAAAAACACGAGGCACUUACAAAAUGGCCACCUGCGUCACUUCUCGAUCCCACGAGGAUCCGAGCCAGCGGGAGACGAUAAGAGAAGCACCCAGCGAGCAGAGUCCCCUUCUGGCUCGCUCAUCACCAGCGACGAUGCCUGAUGAAUUGACCUCAGCUUCCUCCCACCACCAGUCGUCCUGGUGGUCUUCCCUGCGCCACUCGAGCCAGGAGCUCUGGCUGCAGGGAAAGGGUAUGAUCUUUGUUUUGGGCGCCCAGUUUUUCGGCGCUACUAUGAAUGUCAUGACGCAGGUUCUGGAGAUCAAGGGGAAUAAUGGGAUGGGCUAUCAUCCGUUUCAGGUAUGUCUUGAUCGCGUGCCGCUUUGCUUGAUCGGUUGUGUGAAACCAGACGUUCGCUGCUGUGCUAGUCAACCGUUAACCCCCCCGCAGAUCCUCUUUGCGCGCAUGUCAAUCACUGUCAUAGCCAGUUAUCUGUAUAUGUGGUACACCAAAGUGCCGCAGCCGCUUGGGACCAAGCCGAUCUUGUUGCUUCUGUUCCUACGUGCCAGCGGUGGCUUCUUCGGCGUCUAUGGGCUGUACUACUCAGUGCAGUAUCUGCCUCUGUCCGAGGCCACUGUGGUCACCUUCUUAGUUCCCAUCCUUACCGGAUACGCCUGCUCCUUGUUCAUCCCUCGCGAGACGUUCACCCGCAAGCAGUUAAUGGCUGGGCUCGUGUCCCUGAUCGGUGUAAUUCUGAUCGCUCGCCCUUUCGCCUUCAUGCGCUCGGGGGAAGAGACUGACGAUGGAGAGUCAGGCGAUAAGCCCGGUGCAACGGACAGCUAUCACCACGUUUUGGCGAUUGCUGUUGCCCUGCUGGGUGUCCUAGGAGCCACUUGUGCUUAUACGACCAUUCGAAUGAUCGGCCGGCGCUGUCACCCACUCGUAUCUGUCACCUGGUUCUCGUCGUACACGACGAUUGUCGCCUCUCUCGCGAUGCUGCUGGUUCCGUCCAUCCCCUUCGCGUUGCCGGUUACUCUGUUUGAAUGGACUCUGCUGCUGGGUCUCGGAGUGUGCGGAUUCCUGUUGCAGUUUCUCCUCACGGCUGGCCUGUCUUAUGUUCCGCCGGAACGGGCGCCCAAAGAUCUUGCGACAGGCUGGGAAUCGAACUCGUAUGGUACUCAAGCGACCGGCCGUGUAGAGGAUGAAGAGCAAUUGCAGGGACAGCAGCAGCAGCAGCAGCAGCAAGCCGAAACGAAGCCUCCUGCAGCAAAGACCUCGUCCGGGUCACGCGCUACGUUCAUGAUUUACACCCAGAUGUUGUUCGCGCUGUUCUAUGACCGCAUGGUCUGGGGUAGCACACUGUCUCCGGUGAGUUGGGUCGGAUCGGGUUUAAUUCUGGGCUGUGCCAUCUAUGUGGCCGUUGCACGAGAGGACCAGAAACCCGAGAAUGGCUCAGUUGAGACUGCCAGCAAGAACGACGUCACAGCUGCAGAAACAGUCGAUGAGGAAAGUGAACGGCUGGAGGUAAGCGGGACGAGGUAGACGCGGGGCAUGCAGCUGGAUACAUACUUCCUGCAAGUGAGCAUAAUAGGGAGGUCGAUCUGAGGCAAUUAACCCUUGGAUUGAUACACAUAAAAAAUCAAGUCGACUCCUGGGUAGUAAAGAAUGCAACCCCAUGGCAGAUUCGGCUAGUGCGGGAGGGGCAUAAAAAGCGGAGCAAGCGACCUGCAUACACGGAAUGCAGUAGUAGGACGCUGUGAUUUAGAAGGGUGAUGAGCGAAGUGCAUGAGUGUAUGAACUAUAUGACGAAUGAGACGAA